AUGUCCAGCGGGAAGACCGUGUCACACGUAGUGGAGUAUUUCUGCCAGUACACGGAUCAACUGCGGAAGAAGCACAAGGUAUGGCAUGAUGGGAAGCUGAAAUACUACACGCUGACAAACAAGUUCCAACUGUACACGGAGGAGGGCGGCACGCUGCUGGGCAGCGAGUUUGUCACCAAUAGCCGGCAAUUGGCGCACAUCCUGGACGAGCGCGGGUUCGGGGCGGAGGAACACCACAUCUUCGCGGCGUUCCUUAUCAUCAUUGCGGAGCUGGAUCGAGCAUAUGACAAGGAGAUCAGCCUGUUUCGGCCGGGACACACGCCGCGCGCGCUGCCGGGGCCGGUGGUGUCGCUGGCGCACCGGCGCGCGCCCUCGUCGCCGAGCGGGAGCCAGCAGUCGCGCGCGCGCGCGCUACCGCACGCCCGUCACAGCCUGUCGCUGGCCAAGAACGAGCCGUUUCGGCGUCCGCGCCAGGCUGCGCGCCAGCGGUCGCGCAGCCCGGCCGCGCGCGAGCCCGCGCGCUCUGCAUCGCAGCCCACGCCGCGCGCCGCGCCGCUCGCCACGCUGCCGGCAGCCGCACACGCCUCGCAGCCCGCAGGCCUGGCGCUCGCCACUCGCAUUCCACCGCGUAAGCGCACCAUCGUGCAUAGCCCGAUCACGCUAUAG